AUGUCGGCCCAAGACCAGGAGGAUGUCUACUUCUCCACAAACCCACCCCCGCGACAUCUAGAGGCCCAUGCCGCCCAGGCCCGCGCCUUCAUCGACGCCCACGCCGCCGCCGGCCGCCGCGUCGUCCUCGUCACAUCCGGCGGGACCACCGUGCCGCUGGAGAAGCAGACGGUGCGCUUCAUCGACAACUUCAGCGCGGGAACCCGCGGCGCGACCAGCGCCGAGUACUUCCUCGAGGCCGGGUACGCCGUCAUCUUCCUCCACCGCGAGUUCAGCCUCACACCCUACGCCCGCCACUUCUCCCACGCCACCACGGGGGGGUUCCUCGACUUCCUCGAGGUCGGCCAGGGAGGCGUGAGCGCCCGCCCAGACGUAUCGGCCAAGAUGGCCGACAUCCUGAGCCGCUACCACACCGCACGCAAGGAGAACCUCCUCCUCAGCAUCCCCUUUGUGACCAUUGGCGACUACCUGCACGAGCUGCGGGCCAUCUCCCGCCUCAUGGCCUCCCUCGGCCCCCGUGGCCUGCUGUACCUGGCCGCGGCAGUGUCUGACUUCUUCGUGCCCCCGGAGCGCAUGGCCGAGCACAAGAUCCAGUCUACGGAUCUGGGGAGGCGGGCGCAGGAGGCAGCAGCCGCGGCGGCCGGUCAAGUUCCUAGCAGCGCAGACAGCGGGAAGCAGGACUCGGAGGAGGAGGAGUUCGACAACUUCGACUCCAGCCCCCGGGUGCCGCGGUCGAAGCGGCUCGUCAUCGACCUCGACCCCGUGCCCAAGCUGCUCCUCAACCUCGUCGACGGGUGGGCGCCCCGCGGCAUGGUCUCCUCCUUUAAGCUCGAGACGGACCCGACCAUCCUCGUGACCAAGGCGCGGUACUCGCUCGAGCGCUACCAGCACCACCUCGUCAUCGGGAACCUGCUGGCCACGCGCAAGUGGGAGGUCGUCUUCGUCAGCCCCGGGCGCGAGGACAACUGGCUCCGGGUGAAGCGCAGGGGCAAGGAGUGGACCGACGAGGACGUCAAGAGGCUGAGGCAGGGCGAGGUCCCCAAGGAGGAGCCCGGGGAGGAGAUUGAGCGUUUCAUCAUCCCCGCGGUAAAGGACCUCCACGACCAGCAUAUUAAAGCGAAUGAAUAG